GGCGAAAGAGAAAAGGGGAGACAGCUGAUCUUCCAUCUGGGAGCCGUACGCUCGCCGGGAACAGAAGGGGCGAGAACGGGAGACGGCUAAGCCUGCCCUUGGCUGCUGCGCGGGAGAAUGUGUUGAUCUCUCCAUCCGAGCCACCCCAGCCAUCUGUGACUGAGCUCCCUGAAACCGAGGUGGACUGGGAGGAGGAGGAGGCAGCUUUAGCAGCAGUGGAUAACCCUGCCCUCCGUGGGUUUGUAUUACUGGAGCAUGCACUGAUUUGCUGCCUGGUCUUUAGACCCAUCCCAGUCGCCGGGGUGCGUGGUGCAUGGUGCGUGGGGGGGGGGAUCCACUCUUUCUGUAAUAAAUGAUAGAGGAUACCAUGACUUUGCUCUCUCUGCUGGGUCGGAUCAUGCGUUACUUCUUGCUGAGACCAGAGACCCUCUUCCUGCUAUGCAUCAGCCUGGCCCUGUGGAGCUACUUCUUCCACACGGAUGAGGUCAAGACCAUCGUCAAGUCCAGCAGGGAUGCGGUGAAGAUGGUGCAGGGCAAGGUGGCCGAGAUCAUGCAGAACGACCGGCUGGGGGGCCUGGAUGUGCUGGACGCGGAGUUCUCCAAGACGUGGGAGUUUAAGAACCACAAUGUGGCUGUCUACUCUAUCCAAGGCCGGAGAGACCACAUGGAGGACAGGUUUGAAGUGAUCACGGACCUGGUGAACAAGACCCAUCCUUCCAUAUUUGGGAUAUUCGAUGGGCAUGGAGGAGAGGCAACAGCAGAAUAUGUGAAGUCCCGCUUACCUGAAGUCCUAAAGCAGCACCUACAAGACUACGAGAAAGAUAAAGAGAAUAGUGUAUUGUCCUACCCGACCAUCUUAGAACAACAGAUUCUGUCAAUUGACAGAGAAAUGCUGGAAAAGCUGACUCUGUCAUAUGAUGAGGCAGGUACAACAUGUUUGAUUGCAUUACUGUCUGAUAAGGAGCUCACAGUGGCCAACGUCGGGGAUUCGAGGGGCGUCUUAUGUGAUAAGGACGGAAAUGCUAUCCCUUUGUCGCAUGAUCACAAACCCUAUCAGCUUAAGGAGAGGAAGAGGAUUAAAAGAGCUGGUGGCUUCAUCAGUUUCAAUGGUUCCUGGCGUGUUCAGGGGAUCCUGGCCAUGUCCCGCUCCCUAGGAGAUUAUCCGCUGAAAAAUCUGAACGUUGUCAUCCCUGACCCUGACAUCCUGACCUUUGAUCUGGACAAGCUCCAGCCAGAGUUCAUGAUCCUGGCAUCUGAUGGGCUGUGGGAUGCUUUCAGCAAUGAGGAGGCUGUUCGGUUCAUCAAGGAACGCUUGGAUGAACCCCACUUCGGAGCCAAGAGUAUAGUCCUCCAGUCGUUCUACAGAGGAUGCCCUGACAACAUAACUGUCAUGGUGGUAAAGUUCAAGAGUAGUAAAACAGAAGACCAGUAAAUGUCUCAUGUCUCUCCCUGCCUCUCUCUUGGUGAACGUCUUCAACAAACCUUUACACUUCAAGACAGUAGACAGCUGUAGCAAAUAUAUUCACAUUAAGACUGU